AUUUAAAUGAUCUUUAUUAACACAUCACCUCCCAAAUAAUAUUUUAUAUUAUUCUCUCAUUCACCAAUUUACAAUAUUUUUUCGGAAUCCAGUUUUUAUGCUGAAGAUCAAACUAUAAAUUAUAACGUAACAAGUUCUUAAAUGUGUAUAAUAGUUAUGGAUUUUGUAUAAUAGUUGAGGAAUGUGUACUGAAACAUUCCAGUAUCAUGAAGAUUAGUAAUUAUUAUGAAUAAUGAUAACACGAAUUUGAAAGGAUUAAAUUUAGUCCACCCUGAAAACCGCUUAAUUUUUCUGAAACUUUUAGAGCUUCGUAAAUUCUACACCAAUAAAUCAUCUAACAUUUCAAAGGCCAUUUCAACAGCAAUACAAUCAUUGAAAUGUUACCCAUUACCUAUAACUAGUAUAAAUGACUUAAACAAAAUCGCAGGAAUUGGAGUCAGAUUCUCCAAAUUCAUUCAAGAGUCAGUGAAUCUUUCUGAUGACACUGGCGGCAAUAUUAUCGACUAUGAUGAGUAUGUAAAUUACAACAAGUGUAACUUGGACCGCAUUUGUAACUUCAUUCGUAAGAACUAUUUGAAGAGAAGGAACUAUAAUCCUACAAAGAAUUCUAGCACUUGGAGCUUUCUGUGUAUUUUAGGUUUAUUUUCAGAUUCUGAGGGGAAUGAGACGAGACUGAGUUUAGAAGAUAUUGGGAAUAUAUUUGUCGAAUUUCGACAUUUCUUCCCAGAAGCCAGAGAUUUAAGAGAUUACGUAUUCCUAAGACAGUUAUCUGAAAAGGGUUUAAUAAAUUAUAAAAUCAUAGGCUAUGAGGGGUUUGAAGAACACUUUCAAUAUAAACAUAAGCAUAGAUAUACUUAUGGACUGACUUCCACGGGGAGAAGAUUAACAAAUAAAUUAAUGAAUAAAUUAGAUGUCCCAAUUACUAAUGUGCAGGGAAUACUAAAUAAACUAUUCAAUAUAAAUGUUACAAGUGUAAAUUCUGAGAAUAUAGUGGAAAACAUAGUUGAAAAUCAGUGUAUCAGUUCUAGAAGUAAUAACUCUAGCAUGGAUAUUGAAAGAUAUAAAUUCCCAGAUGAAAACACAACUAACCAUGAUAACGCUGAGAAUCCUGUAGAUAGUGACUCACAGCUUAGUGACACAUUUAAUACUGAAUUUAACAAUAUAUUCAAUUCUGAAUUACAUAAAAAUAAGAGUACUCCCGAACCAAGUAAUUUAUCAGCUGAAGAUAAUUUAUCUAAAGUCAAUAUUUCAGUUCUUUCACAAGAUCAAAUACAAUCCUCAGAUACCACUGAACCUGAUCCUCUUUCUAACUUAAUAGAUGUAGCAUAUCGUCCCAGUUCUUACAGUAAUUAUAUUAUGAAAUUGAAUAACAAAGCUUACUCCACUAAAACUUUUAAGGAUAACGCCAGUGUUAACAGUUCAAACCAAGUUGAACCUGUUCCCGCUACUCCAAAAGCUUCCAAUACUCUUAAAGAAACUUGUCACACUACUUCUAGCCCCUUUAACACUAAGUCUAACAAAUCUUACACCAAUUCCAACAACAACAGGACUAUUUUGAGUUAUACAAGUGCUCCCACCAAUAUUAAUACCAACCUUAACAACAAUGUUCACACCAGCGUGCACAGUGCAAUAACCAGUAACGUAAGCGUUCACAGUACUGUUCACAGCAACAUUACUAAUAACGUUAGUGUGAACAGUUUCAAGAGCAAUAAAACUAUGAUAACUGAAGAGGAUGUUAUAGAUAUAGAUGACAGCCUUGGUGACGAACCUGCUGUCAACUCAGUUGAACUUAACUCUAUUGAACUUGUCGAUAACUCAAUUGUAAUUGAUGACCGUGAAACUGACGUUGAAGAUGAUGUCACCGAAGUGUGUACAAAAAGUUUGGAGAACAGGUUAAAGUUAAAAUACGGCGUCGACGUGUUUAAAAAUAAUUAUGAUUACGAGAUUAUAACAGUAGUUGACAAGAGAGAAGUGAUCAAUAAGGAUGUUGUUUCACACAUUAACAUCGAUAUUGACACCUCGAAUCCCAACCUUAUGAAUAAGUAUUAUAAUAAGCUAACUCAAUAUUAUAAAGAAUCAAAUAAAAAAAUACUAUUCAAACAGUUGCCACUCGGUGACGUUAUUUGGAUCAUCAACAUCAAAAGUCUAAUUAGUCCCAGGAAUAGUAGAGCCAAUGGAUCUAGCGAGUCCUCAAAUUAUUAUAUAUUGGAUUGGAUAUUGGAGCGGAAAACAACACUUGACUUGAAUAGCAGUAUCAUAGAUGGCAGGUAUGAGGAUCAGAAGUUUAGACUGUUGAAUUUGAAAGGUUUUAACAGGAUUGUAUACCUUUUCGAAGACUCUUCAGUGGAUAAGAUAACUAAUAAAUUCUCUAAAAUGGGCAAUAAAGCCUUAAAUUAUAAAUCUAUUCAAACUGCUAAAAUUAACACCAAGUUCAUUUCUGGCUUCAAUAUCAUCAACACAACCAACAUCUCCCACUCAGCCAGUACGUUACUGAGUAUUCACAAGAUGAUUGAGAAUUUCAUGCAUGAGAAGUUGAGGAACAUGACAAUAUUGAAGAACAUUAACGUUCACCGCUAUAUCAGGACCAAUUACUACUCACUGGAGAAGUUUAAGGAGGAGAAUAGGAAGAAAUUAUCAUAUUACGAGUUAUUUGGAAGACAGUUGAGAUGUAUACCAAAGUUUGGCGAAAAGUUGACAAUGUCAAUCUUGACACUGUGGCCUACUCCUUACAAGUUCCAUGAAGCCAUGAACACUUUGACACUAAGUGACAUAAAUUUCAAGUUAGCAAUAAAUAAAAUUAAGAUGCCCAAAGAGGUGUACACUUUGUGCAAAGAAUUAUUUACACAAGGUUCCGCCUUGCACUCGGAAGUUUACUCUGAUAGUGAUAAUGAGCCACUCUAACUUCAUUUGGCACUAAAAAAUAUUUGAUAUAAUAUAAUAUAAUUAAAGUUAA